CUUUCAGACUAAGCAUUUAUUGACCCACAACAGCCACCCCUAAUCGUUCCCUCAAUUUCUGUUGGGAAUUUUUUCUAGUUUUAUCACUCCAGUAUAGUUUGAGAUAGCAAGAGCUGUUGAAUGGGGGAUUCACUGGAAAGGCUGGGGUCGGAGGCCGUGGCAUCGAUCGGGUUAGACUCGAGCAUGAAGGCUGACCUUUGCAUGGAAAUCGACCCUCCGUUCCAGGAAAAUGUUGCCACCGCCGACGAUUGGAGGAAAGCCCUGAACAGAGUCGUACCUGCUGUCGUUGUUUUGCGAACUACGGCUUGCCGGGCUUUUGAUACUGAGUCGGCCGGUGUCGGCUCCGCCACUGGCUUUGUUGUUGACAAGCGUCGGGGAAUCAUUCUUACUAAUCGUCAUGUUGUGAAGCCUGGACCCGUAGUAGCAGAGGCUAUGUUUCUGAACCGUGAAGAAGUUCCUGUGCAUCCGAUCUACAGAGAUCCAGUCCACGAUUUUGGGUUCUUUCGCUAUGACCCUGGUGCUAUACAGUUUUUGAACUAUGAGGAGAUACCUCUUGCUCCAGAGGCGGCUUGUGUUGGACUAGAGAUUAGAGUUGUUGGUAAUGAUAGUGGUGAGAAGGUCUCCAUUUUGGCUGGUACACUCGCUCGUUUGGACAGGGAUGCUCCUCACUAUAAAAAGGAUGGGUAUAAUGACUUCAAUACUUUCUAUAUGCAAGCUGCAUCCGGCACGAAGGGAGGAUCAAGUGGCUCCCCAGUUAUAGAUUGGCAAGGCAGAGCAGUUGCCUUGAAUGCUGGGUGCAAAACAUCAAGUGCAUCAGCAUUUUUUUUCCCUCUAGAGCGGGUUGUGAGAGCUCUAAGGUUUCUUCAAAAGGGUAGUGAUGCUAGUUUAGGUAAAUGGAAGGCAGUUUCUAUACCUCGUGGUACCCUCCAGGUGACAUUUCUCCAUAAAGGAUUUGAUGAGAUUCGUCGUCUUGGCCUCCAAAGUGAGACAGAGCAGAUAGUGCGGCAUGCUUCUCCAGCAGGUGAAACUGGAAUGCUUGUUGUGGAUUCUGUGGUGCCAGGUGGCCCAGGUUAUAAGCAUUUGGAACCUGGUGAUGUGCUUGUUCGUGUCAAUGGCCAAGUUAUCACUCAGUUCCUGAAACUGGAAUCUUUGCUUGAUGACAGUGUCAACAAGAACAUUGAAUUACAAAUUGAAAGGGGUCACACAUCUGUGACUGUGAACUUGUUGGUGCAAGAUUUGCACUCAAUAACUCCUGAUUAUUUCUUAGAAGUCAGUGGUGCAGUAAUACAUCCACUUUCUUACCAGCAGGCUAGAAACUUCCGUUUCCAUUGUGGUCUUGUUUAUGUGGCUGAACCAGGUUAUAUGCUCUUCCGAGCAGGAGUUCCUCGUCAUGCAAUAAUUAAGAAAUUUGCUGGUGAAGAAAUAUCUUGUCUUGAUGAACUAAUAUCAGUUCUCUGCAAAGUAUCUAGGGGUGCUCGGGUGCCAUUGGAGUAUAUAGGCCACAUGGACCGCUAUCGAAGGAAGUCUGUCUUGGUCACUAUUGACCGCCAUGAAUGGUAUGCGUCCCCCCAGUUAUACACUCGUGAUGAUUGUAGUGGUCUCUGGAUUGCAAAACCUGCUUUUCAAUCUGAUUCCUUAAUCCUAUCAUCCGACAUUAAAGACGUUGGAAAUCUGGCUGGCCAGUCAGCUUCACCCAUUGGUGAGCAUUCUUGUGUGGGACAUAUGCACCAAGAUGACAAUCAAGAGUUGCCUGAUGGUAUCACUGGCAUGCAGGCCAGUUCUGAAGAUGCCACAGAUAAUGCAUCUGAUGGUGGUGCAAAAAAACGAAAAGUUGAAGAGGAUUUGUCAGCUGCUGGAAAUAUUGUUGCUGAUUCCUCCUUGAAUGAUGCCAGGGAAACCAAACAGGAAAAGUCAAGUUCAAUGCAGGGUGAAGUUUUAAUGUACUCCCAAGGUGCAGGCACUGCAAUAGCAGCGAAUGCAUCAUUUGCUGAACGGGUGAUUGAGCCUACUCUUGUGAUGUUUGAGGUCCAUGUCCCUCCUUCAUGUAUGCUUGAUGGUGUUCAUUCACAACAUUUUUUCGGAACUGGUGUCAUAAUAUAUCACUCCCAGAACUUGGGAUUAAUCGUUGUUGACAAGAAUACUGUUGCAAUAUCCUCUUCUGAUAUAAUGCUAUCGUUUGCUGCUUUCCCAGUAGAAAUUCCGGGAGAGGUGGUAUUUCUUCAUCCUGUUCACAAUUUUGCUCUCAUUUCAUAUGAUCCAUCUGCUUUGGGACCAAUUGGUGCAUCGGUUGUUUGUGCUGCAACGCUACUUACUGAGCCUGCUUUACGUCGAGGAGAUUCUGUUUACCUUGUUGGGUUGAGUAGAAACCUUCAAGCAACAUCUAGGAAAUCUGUUGUUACCAAUCCUUGUGCUGCAUUAAAUAUAGGGGGUGCUGAUAGCCCACGAUACCGAGCAACCAAUAUGGAAGUAAUUGAACUUGAUACUGAUUUUGGUAGUACAUUUUCGGGUGUGCUAACAGAUGAACAUGGAAGGGUCCAAGCGAUAUGGGGAAGCUUCUCAACUCAGCUUAAAUUUGCUGGCAGUACCUCAGAAGAUCAUCAAUUUGUGAGGGGUAUUCCUGUAUAUGCAAUAAGUGAGGUCCUUGAAAAAAUCGUUGUUGGUGCAAAAGGGCCACCUCUCCUCAUAAAUGGGGUCAAAAGGCCCAUGCCACUGGUCAGAAUUUUAGAGGUCGAACUUUAUCCAACCUUGCUUUCAAAGGCUCGGAGUUUUGGAUUAAGUGAUGAUUGGAUCCGGGCACUUGUUAAGAAAGACCCAAUUAGACGGCAGGUAUUACGUGUUAAAGGUUGUUUGGCUGGAUCAAAUGCUGAAAAUUGUUUAGAACAAGGAGACAUGGUUUUAGCAAUCAAUAAAGAACCAGUGACAUGCUUUCGUGACAUUGAAAAUGCUUGUCAAGCUUUAGAUGAAUCAGAUACCAAUGAUGGGAUGCUUCACAUGACUAUUUUUCGGCAGGGGAAUGAAGUUGAUCUUCUUGUGGGAACAGAUGUUAGGGAUGGAAAUGGAACAACUCGGGCAAUUAAUUGGUGUGGUUGUAUUGUCCAAGAUCCCCAUCCAGCAGUACGGGCUCUUGGAUUUCUUCCUGAAGAAGGUCAUGGCGUGUAUGUGGCAAGGUGGUGUCAUGGCAGUCCUGUGCAUAGAUAUGGUCUUUAUGCUCUUCAGUGGAUUGUCGAAGUUAAUGAAAGACCGACUCCAGAUUUAGAUGCUUUUGUUAAUGUGACUAAGGAACUAAAACACGGGGAGUUUGUCCGUGUAAAAACAGUUCAUCUUAAUGGGAGGCCACGAGUCCUUACAUUGAAGCAAGAUCUGCAUUACUGGCCUACAUGGGAAUUGAGGUUUGAUCCUUACACUGCAAUUUGGCAUCGUAAUAUAAUUAAGGCGUUGGAAUGCGGUCCUAUAUGAGAGUGCGCGAGAAAGAACCAUAGGAACAUCUUUAAAUGUCGGGGAAGACGUACUUGGGAGUCAAUGGAUCUGCUGCGAUGUUGGUCUGAAAGACGCGGGAUUAAUCAUGCACCGUGUUAUUGUACUUUUAGGUUCACUUUAUAUUUGGUAUUAGGUUCACUGUAUAUUUAUUGUUAAACAGCUCUGCAUGCUCAAGUUUGGGCAACGAGAGAACGAACCAAAAAUAGAAGUAUUAUUCUUAAACCGGUUCGUGUAUUUAUAAGGAAAAGAUGUUACAGCUCUGAAUUUCUAUGAAAACUACUAUCAAAUCCACCAAAAAAAAGAUACCAAAUUAUUCGUGAUUA